AUGAGAAGAUAUCGAUCCAUGGCGAUGGCAUCCCAUGUUCAUCCAAAGGACGACCGCCUCUGGACCCAUCUCUGGACAACUGGACUGUCCGUGGACGAGUUUUGGAUCACCCAUGGCUACUUAGGAUGCAAAUGUCAUGAUAGGUGGAGUCCGCUGGUGGAAAUUACCAUUGACCACAGACACAUGUUCCCCUUGGUCUCAAAGAGAGACAGCAGUUGGAAUUGGAAGGUGUCUUCAAGAUAUGAAGUGAAAGAGGUUCACAUUCCUGAAGAUUCAAUUGGUCUGAUCAUAGGAAGAGAUGGGGAAAACAUCAGAAGGAUUCAGGGUGCCUCAGGUACUAGGAUUGAGUUCAAGGAUCCAGUUUUUGGUGCAACAGAGAGAAUAUGUGUCAUUCGUGGAACUCCUGAUAAUGUGGAGUAUGCAAAGUGUCUUAUCCUUCAGGCUCUGGCUGAUCAACCAAGAAUACAACAGUGUGUCAUCUUCAUUCCCAAGGUAGAUGUCAAUCCUGUUGUUGAAACUCAUUGA